UCAAAGAAUACCACUCUUUACAACUGCUGUCAAACACGCUGUUAAAUUUUCUGUUACUAUGUGUAUUUGAAAAGUACCGCAAUUAAUAAGUUUAAUGUUUAAUUUAAAAUGGUUUUACUCGCUAUUAUCUCCUGUAGAUACGGGAUACGGAGAGUGCAUGCAGGAAGAGAUGCAAUUAUCAGAUUAUCCUGGCGAAGUGACUGAUCCGGAGGAUAUAAAUGACUGCGGAUGGGAUCUAGAGUAUCAGUCUACCAGAAUUCCCAAAGGAGCCAUUAUCAUUGUUCUGGUUUCAAUCAUCGCUCUGAUGUAUUAUGCUGGCACUGUUGAGGAAUAUAAGGACAAAGAGGAUGAAAAUCAACUGGUUCCUCCAAAUCCAACCAGGCCCUUACCUCCAUCUGGAUCGAUCAUGCAUUUUUUCCAGAAAGCAGCAGUGUGCGCAGAUGGACCACUCUGUGCUAAAAUUGGCAAGGACAUUCUACUGAAGAAUGGAUCAGCGGUGGAUUCAAUAAUAGCUGCAAUGUUCUGUAACGGCAUCAUCAAUAUGCAAAGUAUGGGUCUUGGUGGAGGAUUUCUAAUGACAAUUUAUAUAAGGAAAGAAAAAAAAGCUUAUUUCUUGAAUGCAAGAGAAGUUGCACCGAUGAAAUCCAAAAAUCGAAUCUACAAGAAUCAAAUGUACAAAUCAGCCAGCGGUCCUCUCGCCGUCGGAGUUCCGGGAGAGUUGAAAGGCUACUGGGAAGCUCACCAAAAAUUUGGAAAAUUACCAUGGAACGAACUGAUUGAGCCUUCGAUAAAACUUUGUGAAAGCGGAUACAUUAUGAGCAAACACCAGCAUUUGUCUUUAAUGAAACACGACAUAACUGAUUAUAAUUUUCGGGAAUGGUUUCGUUACAAAAAUGGAAGCAUUAAAAAACCCGGGUCGACAGUUAUCCCUAAGAGAUUGUGUAACACUUUGCGAAUUCUAGCCCGCAAUGGAGCUAACGAUAUGUACAACGGUGCUUUGUCAAAAAUGUUUCGGGAAGAUAUCGAGGAAGCAGGUGGUAUUAUCACUGAUGAAGAUUUAAGAGAAUAUCAGGUUGAAUGGCAAGAACCUGUUUCCUUCAAUUAUGGAAACAAGAUUUUAUUUUCGUCUCCACCUCCAGGAUCAGGAUUACUUGUAGGUUUUAUAUUAAAUAUAUUAGAAGGUUAUAGUUUCACUAGAAAUAAUCUGAUGAGCACGCAAGACACCGUCAUUACCUACCAUAGGAUAAUCGAAGCAUUUAAAUAUGCCUUCGCCAAGAGAGGCGAAUUAGGAGAUCCAAAUUUUGUAAACGUGACGAAGAUAUUGGAUCUUUUGAAUUCAAAAGAAUAUGCUGGAAUCAUAAGAUCGAGAAUAAAAGAUGACGUGACAAAUUCGGAUCCUUUAUAUUACGGAGCAGAAUCAUAUUCCAAAAUAAAUCACGGUACAGCUCAUCUCGCAGUAUUAGCACCAAAUGGAGAUGCCGUUUCGGUUACCAGUACAAUUAAUAUUUAUUUUGGGGCUGGUAUCACUUCCAAGCAAACUGGAAUAGUACUCAACAGUGUUAUGAAUGAUUUUUCUUUCCCAAACUCUACAAACUAUUAUGGUUUAGUUGGAUCGCCUAAAAACAAAAUGGAACCAGGAAAAAGGCCGCUUUCUUCCAUGGCACCAUCUAUUUUGAUAGACGAGAAAGGCAAUGUGAAAAUGGUUGUUGGGGCAGCAGGAGGACCUAAAAUAGUAACCGCCGUCGCACAGGUUAUAAUGAGAAACCUAUGGUUUGGAGAUAACCUUAAAGAAUCUGUAGAUGCCCCCAGAAUACAUAAUCAGUUAUUUCCUAUGCAAAUUGAAUAUGAUUAUGGAACCAUACAGGUAAUUUUUUUUUCAAAUUACAAAAUGGAAAUGUUUGGUCACUACUCAAAGAAUAAACUUUUAAACUAUUCAUAA